AUGAACCAAAAUGAUAUGAAUGUACUUAUAAAUGAAGAUAUACAAUGUGAAGAUGUCGAAAAAGAGAAUAAAAGGAAAAUAGCCAACGAUUUAGUUAAAAAUUAUUGUCUUUUGAAAGAAUUAAAUUUAUUAAGUACAAUAAAAAAUGAAUACAAAGAAAUUGUUGAAACUACAAAAAAUGUAACCUACAAUAGUGAUAAUAUAAUAUAUGCCAGCAAGUAUAUUAUGGAGUAUAUGGAAUUAAAGAAACAAAAUGAAUUAAAAAUAAAAGAGGAAGAAGAACAAAUACAAAUACAAAAAGAAAAAGAAAAAUACAGUCAUAAGAAUAAAAAGGAGAAUAUAUUAAAUGAUAAUGAAAUUGUAAAUAUUAUGAAUGUUUUAAAUAAAAAUGAAUUAAAUUUAUUUAUAUAUGCAAAAAAUAUUAUGGAAUGUGAUAAAGUUAAUAAUUUUGGUAUGUUUAAUAAUACAUUAAACAUAAAUUAUCUUGAUAUACCAGCAAUCAAACAAAAUCAUAAUGGAAGCAAUCUUGAAGAACUUAUAAAAUUAUUAAUUUCCAAUUAUAAUAAUUCAAUAAAUAUUAUUAAAAUGCAACAAAACGUAAUAAAUAAUUUUAUUUUUUAUACACAUAAUUUAUUAACAAAUAAUAAAAUGUUAAUACAAAAAAAUCAUAAAUUAAUUCAGACAAUGUCUGUGCCCAAAGAAUUAAAAAAUAAUGUUAUUGAUAAAGAUCAAAUUAAAUUUAAAUUACCAUUUACACAGGAAAAUAAUAUAUCUUCUUUAUUUAAAAUACAAAUAGAUUUAUAUAGAAAACAUAUUAAGCACCUCUAUAAUGUAAAUGACGAUUUAAAAAAAUAUUUAAGUGUAUUCAAUGACCAAAAUAAAUAUGCAAAUAAUUAA